AAUUAGUAUUGAAGAUAUUAAAUAGCUAAAUAAUGUAAACAAAAAUCUGUUUGUAUUUGAGAUCUACAUGUAAUGGAUACAACUGAUAUAUGAAAAUAAAAAUGAACAACAGAGAUCACUGGGAGCCUGUAAUGGAGUCUAGAUUUCUUGAAAUUGAUGAAACAGAUCAGCUUCUGCAAAACAAUGAAGGUGAUCACAAUGAUGUGGACCCUGUUUCGUAUGAAGAAGCCUGGAAGACUAUCGGCUAUGGAAAGUUCCAUGUGUUACUUCUGGCACUAUGUGGCUGGGCAGUGUCCAGUGAUGCCAUAGAGGUGCUCUCUGUGUCCUUCAUGUUGCCUAGCGCUCAAUGUGACCUUCAUCUCUCUUCAACAGACAAGGGAUGGCUCAAUUCUAUCAUAUUUGUUGGUAUGAUGGUGGGCGGCUACUUCUGGGGCUCUUUAGCUGACAGGGUCGGGCGCAGGGCAGUGCUCAUGGGCUCGCUGACAGUCAACGGGCUCGGUGGGCUGGUGUCUAGCACGUCUCAGGUGUUUUGGCUCUUCCUCAUCAUGAGGUUUAUCAGUGGCAUUGGUGUUGGAGGCAGCAUACCCGUGAUAUUCUCCUACUACACAGAGUUUUUACCAAAAUUUCGACGAGGGACAAUGAUAAGUGCCCUUGCAACCUUUUGGAUGAUGGGAAACAUCAUAGCUUCAGGCUUAGCUUGGCUGGUGAUCCCGCACCCAGAGCUGGGUUAUUAUUCCUCUGGCUUCAAGUACAACAGCUGGAGAAUCUUCAUAGCGAUCUGCACCUUCCCCAGCCUCUCCUCCGCCUUCUUGUUUAUGUUCAUGCCUGAAAGCCCCAAGUUCUUUCUCACGAAACAUGAUGAAGCUAGAGCUCUAGACAGUCUGAGAACAGUCCACAGAAUGAAUCAUGGAAAUAAAGCAUUCCUGAUCAAGCGCCUUAUUUUGACCACUGAGAGGGAGGAAGUGGAGUCGGAGGAUAAAAGGAACCUCAGGUGUAUGGAGAACAUGAAAUCUAUUGUUCAUCAGACACAGAAGCUGUUUGGGCGCUCCCUGCGGCGGACCACUAUCAUCAUGCUCAUCAUCAACUUUACGCUGAGUUUCGGGUACUAUGGUCUCUGGAUGUGGUUCCCAGAAAUAUUCUCCCGGGUUGAAAAAUAUGGUGGUUCCCCGUGCAGUCAUGCGGAGGUCAACACGACGGGAACCAAUACUACGACAGGGUGUAACCCCAUACCGGAGAACUGGGUGUUCUUUGAAGGCUUUAUGACAGCCCUGUCAAACCUGCCAGGAAAUCUGUUCACUAUAGUUAUGAUGGAUCGGAUAGGAAGAAAACCCUUACUAGCCAUAAGCAUGGUUAUCUCAGGUGGGACUGUAUUCUUGUUACCUGUUGUAAAGACGAAGCUUCAGAACCUCUUGAUCUCGUGUAUGUUUGGUGCCGUGACCACCGUGGGCUGGAAUGCUAUCGAUGUGCUACAGGCGGAGCUCUUCCCUACAGCUGUCAGGUCAACAGCCUUUGGUGUUCAGUCAGGUAUAGGGCGCAUAGCAGCCAUCCUUGGCAACAUGGUGUUUGGCAGCCUGGUAGACAUUCACUGCGCCAUACCCAUGAUCAUGGUGGCUUCACUACUUUGCCUCGGGGGACUGAGUGCCAUACGCCUGCCAAACACAACGGGCAAGGACAUUCACUAGUCUGGGGGAAGUAGUCGCAGAGAACCACACAUAUAUUCAGAGCUAGAUGUGUGGAUUUUUAGCUCGGCUCUUUUCGGAGAAAACCUGAGGUAUUGU